AUGUUAUCGGCUCAAAAACGAAACUUAUCAUUGGUCCAACGCGGAAUUUUAGCAGUUGGCUGUGGAAUUACGGCGGUUCGUGAUCCCUACAGAUAUGACUGCGUAGCCUACGCCACAGAAGCAACAACACUUCCCUCUCAACUUGAUCAAGUCAGAACACGCAUUUUGUCAACAGAAGAAGGAAACCGCCUUCUCGAAUCAAAGCCAGUCAUCAAUUCUUCAACAGUCGAUUUCGAUGCGCUAAAGAAUCUUCCUUCUCAGACUUUAGGACACGAGUACCAGGCUAUGCUCGAGCGACAGAAGAUUUCUCCUGACACUCGAGUGCCGGUGAAAUACGUAGAAGACGAAGAUCAAGCAAUGUUCCGACAAGUCGCUAGAAACUCGCUCCGGGCUUCUGGCCGCACUUCGCUGACCAAGACCUCGAAGAGAUCCGUCGGAAUGGACUUGGGUAUGUACAACGUGAGCUACAAGUGGGGCGCCUACCAGGAUCCCGUCUUCACCGCCAUGUUCCAAACCGUCUCUCUCGGCUUCCUCGUGUUCAUCUUCUACCACUCCUUCUACGACGGAGACCAUCACUUGCCCGGACGUGGCUCCGUCAUCAGACCCAAGUUCCAGCACCAGAUGGAUGCUCUUUACUUGAACGAAGAGUUGGGUCUUCCUUCUCCUCACACACCUUCUGCUGCUCCAGCUGAGGAGGAAGAAGAAUAA